AUGGCCAACUUGGAAGGACAACGCGUUUUUGGAACCGACUGGAAAGACUUGGAUAAAAUUGUUUUUCAAGCAUACAUUGGUCUUUUGUUGUUAGCUGGAUUUUAUAAGUCCCAUGGUGAAGCAACGAAAAGUUUGUGGAAUGAAGAAACGGGUCGUAGUAUAUUUCGAGCAACAAUGUCCCUAGAAGUAUUUACAAAAAUUUCUCAGCCUGAUGAAAAUGUUACUACCAUCGACGAGCAAUUAGUUGCUUUUAGAGGCCGCUAUCCCUUUAAACAGUACAUUCCAAGCAAGCCAGCGAAAUAUGGCAUCAAAAUUUUGGUUUUAUGUGGCAGUAACACUUCUUAUGCUCUGAAAUUGCAGAUAUACACAGGAAAGGAAGCAGGUGCUGCGCCAGAACGAAAUCAGGGAAUGCGUGUGGUGUGCGACUUGAGCAGUGAUUUGAAGGGCCAUAAUAUUACUUGUGAUAACUUUUUUACAUCUUACAAUUUAGGACAGUUUCUUCUAAAAAGAAAAAUUACAAUGCUGGGUACCAUAAGAAAAAAUAAACCAGAGCUUCCAACACAAAUAGCGAAUAAAGAAGUUCAUAGUUCGUCGUUUUACUUCACGCAAGAUACCACUGUUGUCAACUAUAUUCCUAAAAAGAACAAAAACGUUGUUCUUAUGAGUACUUUGCAUCAUGGAAAGGAUAUUAGUGACAGAAAUGACAAAAAGCCCCAAAUUAUUUUAGAUUAUAAUUCGACUAAGGGAGCAGUGGAUACUCUAGAUCAGCUUGUUGGUACAUACACAUGUAAGAGCAAGACAAAUCGCUGGCCUAUGAUUGUUUUUUAUAAUAUGCUGGACAUUUCUGCCUAC